CCCGAGCUGCAGCUUUUUAUGUUGAAAGCGGUUUCAGAGUUUCUCCGGGCUUCUGAUUUCUGGGGCGAUUCCUAGGAUUCCCUGACCGCCCCGGUCGCGGUGCAGGUCCUGCAUUUAAGCCCCUCUGAGCUCCUUGCAGACUCUACUAAGCCAGAUCCGUGCCUCUUUGAGGAAGAAACUGAAGUGAGAAAGAAGUGACUGGAAAAGAACUAUUUGAAGGAGCAGAUUCAUUUCUUAACAAGAUCAAUUUUGAAUUAAAUGGCUGAUAAACAGAUCAGUUUACCUGCCAAGCUGAUCAAUGGAGGGAUAGCUGGGCUGAUCGGGGUCACCUGUGUAUUUCCCAUUGACCUGGCAAAAACUCGCCUGCAGAACCAGCAGAAUGGUCAACGGAUGUACAGCAGCCUGUCUGACUGCCUCAUUAAAACAAUUCGGUCGGAAGGCUACUUUGGCAUGUACAGAGGGGCUGCAGUGAACCUGACUCUAGUGACACCAGAAAAGGCUAUCAAAUUGGCAGCCAAUGACUUCUUCCGGCAUCACCUCUCCAAAGACGGGAAAAAACUGACACUUCUGAGGGAGAUGCUGGCGGGCUGUGGUGCGGGUACCUGCCAGGUGAUUGUCACCACUCCCAUGGAGAUGCUCAAAAUCCAGCUGCAGGAUGCAGGACGUAUUGCGGCACAGAAGAAGCUCAUGGCGGCGCAGGCCCAGCUCUCCUCCUCGCCCGCGGCAGCGGCCGAGCCCGCGGUGGAAACGCGCCCCACGGCCACCCAGAUCACCAGGGAGCUGCUGCGGAGCAAAGGCAUCGCCGGACUCUACAAGGGCCUGGGGGCCACGCUGCUAAGGGAUGUCCCAUUCUCCAUUGUUUACUUCCCACUGUUUGCAAACCUGAACAAGCUGGGCCAGAAAGACCCCAAUGUCAAGGCUCCGUUCUACGUGUCCUUCCUGUCGGGAUGUGUGGCUGGCAGUACGGCUGCAGUGGCUGUCAAUCCUUGUGAUGUGAUUAAAACGCGGCUGCAGUCCUUGCAGAGGGGAGUGAAUGAGGACACCUACUCGGGGAUCCUGGACUGCACCAAAAAGAUCUGGCAGAGGGAAGGGCCCACGGCCUUCUUCAAAGGGGCCUACUGCCGAGCCCUGGUCAUUGCUCCUCUCUUCGGCAUUGCACAAGUUGUCUACUUCGUGGGCAUCGCGGAAUUCCUGCUGGACCUGCUCCCCAAGCACCGGGCCUAGCCCCGGGCUGGCUGCGUGUGCCCUCCCGCCCUGUGCAGCGCUGGAUUCAUCCCCGUGUUCGCCAUCCGUGUCCAUCGAUGUCAGAGCAACAGCACAAAGGGUUCGCGCAGGGACGCGAAGGGACCCGGUGCCCAGAUGGGCCAACGGGGGAGGGAGAGAGUCCCUUCUCUGCCGCCGUCUGGAACCUGCCCCUCACGCUCCUUCCACGGACAAUACUUAAUUAUUCCUCUCUCUCUCUCUGUCUCUUUUUAAUUUCCUGGUUUUUGGUUUUAAAUUGUCAUUCGUAAGGACACUGGUAAGCACAGACUGGGCUUGCAGACCCAGAAGUCUCCUCUCAGUCUCGGGGUGGAGGAGAGACGGGAAAGAAAUAACUUCAACCCUCAUGCACCUCAGUUUCCCUUUCUGCCUGGAGCUGCCAGCCAUCUGAGGAGGAGCUGGAGGGGCAGCUGUGUCCCCUCAGCACCUCCUUGGCUCUGCUGACCUCGGGUCAAGAGUGAAUGCUGCACAAAGGGGGCUUAUCUCAUUGCUGCUGGAGGCAGGGGUGGGAUGCUGGAGCUGGCAAGUUCCUUGGCCUAGAAACCUUCAGUCCUCCUUUCUCCCUUUUUAAAAACUAGUUGGACUUAAAUGAA